UAGCGACAUUGAGGUUGCUAUUGGCUGACACUCAGUCAGCAUGCUGUACAAUAAGUUAAUGUUUGCCCAGUGAUGAGAUCUGCUUCUAUUAAGCACAUUGUAUUUCUUCGAAGGCUUGUAUUAAAGAUUAUGUGAAAGCUCUGAUUUGCUACAAGAAAUAAGGUUCGUUUGAUCACGUUUUCAAACAAGAAUCCGAAUCCGUCUUCGUAACUACUUCCCACUCUCCUCUCAAGAUGAAUUUCGAGUCGUUCUAAUAGAAAGCAUCAGUGCGCAGAAGACCAAGACGCAGUUGUACCAAAAUUGACGAUAAAAUGGCAAGUUCCUUAGGUCAACUGCUCACAGAAGAAGAUUUGGAUUACGCAAGACGCCUGGCAAAAUCUUUGAAAUCAUCGAGCAAAUACGACGAGAUCAUGAUACGAAACAUUAUUGAUCAUAAUUGGGACACGGAACCACAAAUGGUAUCUAAUUUGCUACAUUUUCCACUCGUUAUACCAAAAGAUCUUCGCUUACCGUCCUUAUUAAGGGGACUUAGCGAAUCAGAAAGACCUUACUACAUUCUUGCGGCAUCAAACGGCCUUUCGAGCCUUGAUUUAUCGAAAGAAAACGAUACGAGCUCAAUCAAAGAGAAGCUGAAAGAGGCAACAUUAAGACCACAGGGCGAUAUUGCCAUCCAUGCCUUCAUGGCAUUGGGUAAGCUUUUACGUCAUCCUGAAGAUACAGAAUUCGUUUUACGAUUCUUACACUGUGCCAAGUCCACUCUACACUAUAACGCAUUAACUUGGAUACUUGUUAACGUCAAAGAUGUGAACGAAGUGCGAAAAAUUCUUGAAAAUAAAGCUGUUCCGGAGGACAUCCGUGAAGAAGGACUCGAAAGACUGGAAUCUGAUCUUAUCGAAGACCUCAACCAGAACGAAGGAUUCACAUACACGCCAAGUCUUGCAGACUUUGAGGCUAUGCGUCGCAAAGAACAAACACUAUCGGAAAUUUUCACAGAACUCGACACAGACAAAGAUGGAAAGAUUGGAGCAGAAGAAAUACUUUCAUUUUGUGAAGAUAUUGGACGAGUGAUGACCUUAGACAAGGUGGAAAAAGACAUUAAGCAUUAUGAUACUGAUAAAGACGGCAAAAUUGUUAAAGAUGAGUGGAUAGAACUCAUGUUUCCCCAGUUUAAUGUGCAAUGAUAUCCUUAGAUGUAUAAAUUAAAUAUAUGUCAUACUGUCCUAAAAAUUCGAAUUUAUCAUUGAAAUAAAAACAGGUAUUUCUAACUCAA